AUGGAUAACGAGGUCCCUCUGCCCCCGCCCCGGCGCAUCCGGCAUCGCUCCCCGACCAAAACCCCCGUCGCGUCCGGCUCGUCGCUGCGCAAGACGUAUCAGCUGUCGCGCUUUGAUGACCGCUCCAGCCAGCCGUCCAGUGACCCCGCGCUCUUUUCCAGUGAUGAUAUCCCCGCGUCUGGCCUAGAGAACUACCAUGCGCCCGUCCCCUCCGGCAGCAGGAAACGACGAUACCGCGGCACCUGGUGGGGCGAGAUGGUGAAGGAUCCGAAGCGGAAGAGGGCGGAUUUCAAGGAGAAGCGACAUGUGGAUAGCGGUGUGUGGAUGGGGAGCGACGAGUCCGGGGCGGAGUCCCUGUUGCCCUCGGAGGAUCCGUCGAUGUGGGGGGAGGAGUUGCUGAAAGACACAAGCAACGCGGCAGGAACAGGGAGCGGGGCUGAUGUCGCUCUGCGUGAUGGUGGCCGGUGGACGGCACAGGGUCAGCGGAGUGGCCUGAAAAUGGUCGAGGAGCCGAAAGAGCACCAGGCUGCGCGGAAUAUCGUCAAUGAAUGCUUGGAGAGUGGACAGGAUAGUGUUGACUUAAGUAAUUGUUAUCUGAGGGUUGUACCUUCCGGCUUACUGCGACCUUUGCAGCACCUUACUAAACUCCCUGCUAUCAUCGAACCUCCAAUCACCGAAGAUGUCUACAGCUCCUUACAGCCCUUCCUGCGUUUAUUCCUCACUGGCAAUUCUCUGCAAUCAGUGCCUGGAGAAUUGUUCGAGCUUGGCUCCUUGAAAGUCCUGAGUCUUCGCUAUAACAAACUCACGGACAUCCCGCCCGCCAUCAGGAAGUUGACCUUGCUGCAAGAAGUUAAUCUUGCCGUCAAUCGCUUGCAGUACCUUCCGUGGGAGCUGCUGUGGCUGAUCAAAAAGGGUGACCUGAAACAUAUGGUCGUCCGGCCCAACCCGCUUCUGCAGAUCCACGAGGCAGAGAUUGCCCAGUGGCAUUCACCCGAGGGCACAGAACGGGACUCGACAGAGGGAACAUUGAAGCUGCGUGACUACGAGGGCCCAGCACCCGAGGAAGCUUGGGCUCCCCUCCACGUGGCCACCGGUCCUGUGCGCCGAUUCAACAUGGAGGGCAUGCCAGUUGAUGCUCCGGCUAGCGCCAGUCAACCGAAUCAGCAUGAAUCCCGUGUUCCGUCCCUACGGGAAGUGUCGCUCCUGGCGUGCACCCGGUCGAUCUUCUUUGACCAGGUCUCGGAUGAAGAGAUGGCCGACUAUCCCGGCUUGAUACUCCGCCUCCUGCGACAGGCGAAAGAAGUGUGGAGCGGUGGUGGCCGGUCAUGCUCGGUGUGCCACCGGAGCUUUGUGUUAGCUCGGACGGAAUGGAUCGAGUGGUGGGACUGCAGUACAUAUGAGAGUGGACUCAAAGGGCCACGCUGUCCAGGCGACAAACUCCGUCCUCUUCCUUUCCGCCGACUCGGUUGCAGCUGGGCCUGCGUGCCGAACGUUGAGGCGGAUCAACACUGCCAGGAAAUGGAGCGGGAUGAGACUAGGGUGGAUUGA